GAGCAUGGCCUCCCCACGGUUAACCGUUGCAGAAGUGAGCGAAUCCCUGCAGCACUUCGGGGUUGUCGACUACAUCGUGUUCAUGUGCAGUUUGCUGAUAUGCGUGGUGAUUGGAUUGUACUUCGGUUGGAAGGAUUGGAAGGCGCAACAGAACCGAAAGCGCAAUGCCGUUCGGCGAGGAUCGGAAGCCUUGAACUAUCUCGUCGGUGGACGAAAGAUGAAAAUCUUCCCCGUCGCGAUGUCGCUAAUCGCGAGCUUCAUUUCCGGUAUCGCGAUUAUGGGUGCAUCUACUGAGACGUAUCUGUAUGGGACCCAGUUCUGCUACAUUUUUACUGCCAUCAUAGCGAUGGCGUUCAGUAUGAACUACAUAUUUCUGCCCGUGUACCAGGGGCUAGAGAUUACGUCGGCCUACGGGUAUCUGCAGCUGCGAUUCGAUCGCCGACUACGAUUGCUGGGAUCAGGGCUCUUCACGUUGGCUACGCUACUUCAUCUACCGAUCGUUAUCUACGUACCGGCGCUGGCGUUCAACCAAGUGUCUGGUAUUAACGUGCACAUUGUGUCCACGAGCGUAUGCUUAGUUUGCAUAUUCUACACACUCGUAGGUGGUAUAAAGGCGGUCGUUUGGACGGAUGUGAUUCAAAUGUUUAUCAUGAUUGGUGCCCUGAUUUUGAUCGUCAUUAAGGGUACGGCUGAUAUUGGUGGAUUGGGUGUGCUGAUUGAACGGAAUAUGGCCAGCGGCAGGAUAGAAGGUCCCAAUUUCAGUAUCGAUCCUACCGAGCGGCACACGAUCUGGGCUAUUUUCUUUGGUGGAGGAUGCUUCUGGAUCAGCAAGAACGCCAUACACCAAAUGAUGAUCCAGCGGUAUUUGGCGUUGCCAAGCUUUCGUGAUGCACAGAAGGCCUUGGUUUGCUUCACGGUUGGCAUCAUCCUGCUGCUGAUGACAUGCUUCUACAAUGGCCUACUGAUCUACGCCACAUUCUACGACUGCGAUCCACUGACGACGGGUUUGGCGAAAGCGAAAGAUCAACUGCUGCCCGUCCUGCUGAUGAAGGUCCUGGGAAACUAUCCUGGGUUGGCCGGUUUAUUCAUUUCCGGUAUAUUCAGCGCCUCACUAAGCUCGCUCUCGACUGGCCUCAACUCCCUGUCGGCAAUCGUAUUGGAGGACUUUGUGAAGCCCUUCUCUCGCAAACCACUGGGGGAACGUGCCACUCGCUACAUCAUGCGUGGAACAGUGCUUGGGUUCGGCAUUGUGGCUGUCGUGUUGGUGCUGGUGGUGGAGAAGCUCGGUACCGUGCUGCAGCUGUCGAUGAGUCUCAUACCGAUUUCUCUAGGUCCUUUGCUGGGUCUUUUCCUGAUGGGCAUGUUAAUACCUUGGGUUGAUUCAGUUGUAAGUACACCUACGAGACGAUUUCUUUCCAUGUUCCAGCUGCUAAUGCGCAGAUCACCUUCCUCACUUCUUUCACAGAGCGCCUUCGGCGGUGCAGUCAGUGGAUUGGUCACGAUGGCGUACAUCGUUAUUCGUGCUCAGCUAGCUAUUGCUGCCAAAGAGAUGACCUUCCCGACGAAACCCGUCUCGGUGGCCGGAUGCGAGUAUGAUUUUGAAUUUCCUCCCGCAUACAAUGCCACGGUUGGGCUGCCUUCUCCUUCAGUUCACGCGAAUGCCAAAUCGUUGCACCAUGUUUCGUUUCUGUUUUACACCUUUAUCGGUGCAGCUGUAACACUCACGAUCGGUUCUCUCACUGCUUCCAUCUUGCGCGGCCAGCAAUCGAAUAAAGUCGAUCCACUGUUACUGGCACCGUUCGUUCGGCGUGCAUACUUUCCAGAGCAUUUGCCAAUCACCAGUGCGGUUUCCUUGCAAAAAUUCAAUAAAGGAGACACUCAACUCUAUCUGCCACUUUCUUUUUCCGGAUUCCCAUGACGGGUGGCACUUUCGGCCCCGUCGCCACUAUCCACUCGCCGAGAAUGAGGAUCAACGAGGGCGU